ACCGACUUCCUACCAGAUCAAUCUUCAAGCCAACCUCCUUAGGACCUCAGUCGAUCGACCUGCCCCGUGUCAGCAUCACUUUCACCCAACCGUCAAAAUGAAGGCCGCCGUCAUCCUCUCCCUCGCUAGCCUUGCCUUCGGCUCGGUCCUCGAGCAGCGUGCCUGCGCUGGCAACAACUGCAACCGUCAGGUCACCGGUACCCGCGCCGGCCUCCUGCCCCUCACCGCGCGCCAGGCCGACUGCUCCAGCUUCCAGCUGACCGUCGUCACCCCCUCGCCCACCACCGUCACCGUCACCGUCACCGAGGAGCCCGCCGCCAAGCUCAAGCGCAACGUCGUUGAGGCCCGCCAGGCCACCUCCGUCCCCACCAACGUCCCUGCCUACGCCUCGUCUUGCGACGCCGUCAAGUACGCCUCUGCUUGCGACUGCUGGGGUAUCACCGCCGCCGUCUCCACCGCCCCUACCCCUACCGUCACCGUCACCACCACCGUCGACUACUGCGAGGACCUGUAAACGGCUCGCCCGUCGGUCUAGUGUUCGAGAUGGAGCGGAGCGGGUGAGAAGUCUCCCUUGCAGCCCACGCCUCUCCGGCCGUUGUUCAUAUGAAACCUCGGAAAGGGGGUUCUUUGGCUCGGAGGGUUGUCGUGGGAUGUUGCGGCGGGGAUGGAUCACACGGGGGGGCAACGGGUGUGGUUCGAGAAUUGUUACGAUUGCAAAGAAAAACAGUUAUGACCUGAAUUAGCGAACGUUGGCAUCUCCGCGCGACGAAAGGCUUCACAGGCCGGACUCGGCGGAUCCGCGUUCGCUAUUGAUAUCACAUUCGGUGUAAUGAUUAUACAAAAACUAAUUCACCCACCUGUUGCCUUCUUUU